AUGUCCUCGUUCAAAACAAUCACGUGGCCGUUUGCUACCCUGGGUGUAAUCUUAUCCCUCUAUGCUCUAUAUGUGGAAUACAAGAUAUCGCACAAAAAUCCUGACGAAGACGAAUUCUCGGCGCUCUGUGACAUUGAGAGUAUUGGUGCAAGUUGUAGCUCUGCAUUUGCCAUGCCCGAAGGCAAACUGGUAUCCUACUUUGGAAUUGUCCCACAAGGACAUUUGUUGGAUGUUCCAAAUGCCUUUAUUGGAUUGGUAUAUUACACCUACUGGCUUGCACUUCGUCCCAUCUUUCCUGUACCCAUGACCGCCAUGGUAUCCACACUUGCCAUGACGGCUUCGGUAUUCUUGGCCUACAAAUUAUUGGUGCUACAUGAAUUGUGCAUCCUGUGUUGGUCCACCCACAUCAUUAACCUACGACUCUUGCUCCGUGCUUAUAACAAUGUGGGAGAAUCAAAAGAACCUGUACUAAAGGAACCACCAAAGAUAAAACGAAUCUAA